AUGGAGAGGAAUGAGAAAAAUACAGAUUCCAUUGAGGCUUCAUUGAAACGUUUAGAAGCUCAAAUGAAACAAAUUGUUGAAGAGCUCAAUAAAGAGAAACUAUCAAGUCAACCUGAACAAGCCAAUUCCAUUACUACUAUUAGAAAAGGUGAGGUUGUUGAUGAUAAUAUUGCUACGGAAACUGAAAUGAAUUCUUCUUCUUAUGUAGGUAUACCUAAAAGUGAUGGAUUAGUGCAAAUCAAUAAGGAAAGCAAACAAAAAGAAGGAAAAGUAAAGCCUAAUCUUAGGAAUAAACCAGCUUAUGCAAAAUUCUUUGAAGAGUUGAACACCAACAAAAGGCGAUAUGCGAACAACAAAAAAGUGCAAGUAGCAAGUGUAAUGCUUCAACAUCAAUUGCCCUUUAAGAUGAAGGAUCCUGAUAGCUUCACCAUUGAUAUUACAAUAGGUGACAAAAAGGAUACAAAAGCCAUGUUAGAUUUGGGAGCAAGCAUCAACUUGAUGUCGUAUUCGAUGUAUGAACUACUUGGCUUGGGAGAGUUGAAGCCUACCACUAUGUCUCUACAAUUUGGAGACAGAUCGAUAAAAUAUCCUAGAGGUGUAGUGGAAGACUUGUUAGUAUAA